CUUUUUUUUAAGGCCAACACUUGAACAACAAAUUUCCAAAUUCAAUUUUUUUGUCGAUUGGGCAGUCGAGAUUCAAAAGUUAUUUUUGGCGCAUCUGGCGCCCUCCUUGUUUGGAUUCUCCAGCGAGCUUUUCCUCGCCGUCUGUUUGUUCUGUAAUCUUCGAAGACAUUUUAUAUGGUUAUAGAAAAGAUGAAGGGAACAAGCAGAAGAACCUCAGUUCAUCCAAAAGGUGGAGCCUUUACUGUUGGGAAUUUCAGCACUAGAUUCUCACUGCCUUCAUUUGCCAAGCGAGUCAAUAGGCUGACUGAAGCUCAGAAGGAGGCUGUAAGGAGGACAGGGUUUGGUAGUUUACUCUUGAUCCCUAAUCAAAUGAUUUGUAAAAGUCUUUUAGUUGAGUUGAUGGAAAGAUGGAAUUGUGACAAGUCCGCUUUCACACUUUCUCAUGGGGAGGUUACCAUCUCUCUGAUGGAUAUUUCCUUAAUCUUGGGAUUAAGGGUGAUGGGAAAGCCUGUAGUUGUGAAGGAUGACAUACCGUUCCUGGAUUUGGAAGGAGAGUAUGGUGCUGCCCUAUGGAAUCGGAAAAUUGCAGUUGCCUCAGUAGAACAGAGACUGGAGUCUCUGGGAGAGGCUGACAGUGAAGACUUUGUGAGGUCAUUUCUGUUAUUCAUGUUCGGGACACUGCUUUUCCCCAAUUCGAAUGGAAAAGUUGAUUCCCGCUACCUUUAUCUUCUCCGGGAUGUGGAUAAAGUGGACGAGUUUGCAUGGGGCGCAGCCGUUCUUGAAGAUUUAACUUACUGGUUGAACAAGAGGAAGAGAGAAAAUGUGCAAUAUGUUGGAGGUUGUCUGAUCUUCCUACAAAUUUGGUGUUACGAGCAUAUAGAUUUAGCUAGGCCUGGUAAGAUAGAUAACGCGGUGAAGUAUCCUCGUGUUUGCCUAUGGGGAAGUACAAAAACCCAUCAUCGUCAGUGGUUCAUUGACAAAUUCAAAACACUUGGAGACAAUCAGAUCAUUUGGAGCCUUGAAUUGACUCCAGAGGAAUCAGAGGUUCGAAUAAUCAAAGAGUUUCUAGAGUGGGAAAGGUCAGGGCAAAGUACAGUGCAGCAGUCUUCAGAAGAAGUUUCUGAUAUAAUGGAUCAAUAUACAGCUGGUAUAGAGAUGGAUUCGGUGACUAUAAUCAGUAAAGAAACCUAUGCACCUUCCUGUAUAGAAAUUUUAUCUGAACAAGCAGAGAAUCGACGAAGUUCAUCGGAGAUUCCAUCGUAUAUAUCAGCAGCAAUGACGGGGAUGAUCUUGAAAGGAAAAAUUUGUUUUUGGAAGAGCAAAUAACUGAACUAAGGAAGGGAAUGGCUGAUCUGACAAGAGAGAAUGGUAUUUUAAACGAUCGAAUGUCAUCAUGCCUUCAACUUGAAAAGCACAAUGAGGAGUUGAGGAAAGAGGUAGACAGUCUGAGACAAGAAAACCGAUUAUUGAGCUCAACUACUCACACUCUUUUGGUUCGAUUAGAGGGAAUUCUUCUUGAUGAUGAUCAUAAUACAGAUACAGUUGAUAAUCAGAGCAUUGGAAAAGUUGCAAGUAUCGAAUGAAGAAUUGAUUAAAACGCACUGGGGGCGUCUGAGGGAGGGGGUCUGGGGGCCUGGAGUAAUAAGGGCUGAAACUCACUCCAUUGAGUUUCGAACCCGAGACCAACCGUAAGGGAGAGUGAAUCGGCGACCCGCUGAGCUGGACCGCUUCCUUUUAAAGAUAGAGUUUAUAAGGUACACAUUAACCAAUACUUUUAAAAUAACUUGAACAUUGUUUAACUACAUGAAUCUUAGAGAAAUAAAGAAUUGAUUUUUGAAUUACAAUUUUUGUCUACCAAGGAGGGUGUUCAUGAGUCACAAGGAGCUUUCUUAAUAUUACAAUAGUAUGUACUUCCUCCGUUCUUAAAUAAAUGCAACAGUCAACAUUUCACACUUGCCGAGACACAACUUUGAUCAUUAAUAUAAAUGAUUUUGUAUUAGUAAAAAAAUUUAAAAAAUUAGAUUAUGAAAAUUUACAAUAAGACAAGUUUAACAAUAUUUUUUUCAUAAAAUAAUAUUAUUACAUUAAUAAAUAAAACGUAGUCAAAGUAGAACAUGUGAAUAGUGUAAAAGUCAAAGUGUUGCAUUUAUUCAAGAACGGAGGUAGUAUGAGUUUUCUUAAUUUAUAUAUUAUAUUUGCUCAAAUAACUAAAGUUUAUUAUCUAUGCAAUAAAGUCUUUUUAAAACGUAAGAAAUAAAUGAAUUGUGUAAUUUAAUUCAAUAAACAUUUAUAAGUUGGAUUCGCUUCACAUGAUCUAAAAACUAUGUAACUAGUUUGUCUGGUAUUUAAUAUUGUUUGAUAUAUAUUUUACAACAUUGUUAACUAGUUAUCUAAUAAAGAUAAUUAAACAUUACAAAACUAAGAAUUUUAAUAUAGUAUCUUAAAUCUUUAACAAUGAGUUGUUCUAUUGUUUAUUUAUUUAAGUUAUGUAAAUUAUUUUAGAUGUUCCUUCUUUUAAAUCUCUAAUCAAGUGUUACAUUAUGUAAGACUAUGAGCCCGUUUGGUAACCCCUUUUUUCGGCUUAUCAGGCUUAUCAGCCAACUUUUUCAUCAAACACGUAACUUUUGAUUUCGUGCGCUGAAGUUUGUAAUAAGCAGAAAAAGUAAGGUUUGAGUUACUUUUCUGGCUGUAUUGGCUGAAUUUACUGUAGAGAAUCAUUUUAGCUAUUUUUUCAUAUAAUUUUUUAUUUAAUUUAUUAAUAACAAAUAUUUUAAAUAUAAUUUUUUCAUGAAUCAGCAGAAUCAACUAGUACAGCCACUUCAGCCAGAACUUCAUAAAUUUCAGCAGAAUCAGCCAAUUCAGCCAAUUUUAGUGUUACCAAACGGACUCUAUAUAUCAAUAGAAAAUUUUGAAAGUCCAAGGGGGGCGGUCGCCCCUCGCGCCCCCCUUAAAUCCAUCCCUGCCGCCCAUAAGACAUUUUGGGGAUAAAGUGGUGACAUUAAUUAUUUUUUAGGCUAAUAUAGUUGUGUGAGAAAUAAUAUUUAUGAGAAUAAUUUGGAUCAAACUAUGAAUUCAGAAGAUUGCAAUUUUAUUAGUGAAACUAGAGAUGCUAUUGAUCAUAUAAAGGGCCAUACGAAUAUACGAUGCAUACUGGUGUCCAUGCUAGGCAAGUUAAGGUCAAUGAAGGGUAACGCCACUAGAUUGUAGAGGGAGAUUUUGACAAGAGAUAUCUACUACUUCCCAAUACUUGAGACCUCUUGGUCACACAAUAACAUCUUACCCGGUGCAUCCCCUUCUAAUAUUGACCGCAAGACCCACAAAAUAUAAUUUAGAUGUGAGAAAUAGAUUAUUUGGAGGGCAUGGAUGUGAAUGCUAUAAGCAUAAAGGCCUAAGUUUUACGUAGUAUAGAAUUUUGGAAAAAUACGAUCUCCACACUUUAACAACAACAUCCAAGCCUUAAUCCCAAAAUAUUUUGGGGUCGGCUAACAUGAAUCGAUUUAUGAUAUCGAUACCAAACAGAGAAGACGGACAAGAAAGGGAAGAACAAAACUAAGAUAAAACGAAUAUAAGAAAAAUAAAAUAAGAAAGUUAGAAGAUAAUUAAAAGUAACAUAAGAAUAUAAAAAGAUAAAGAAGAUAAACAAUAAAAGAAAAAAGAGAGGAAAGGUAGAAAAGACAUCAAUCUUCCAGAUAUGCGAUCUUCACACUUUAAGAAGAUAGAAAAUAUGAUUGUUUUUUUUUAAAUUAACUAACAUUUGUUUAAGCAAUAUACAUUUCUUCUUCAUAUAAUAUAAUUCCUACUUCAUUGCCCACCCCUGCGCCCCACUUCUGCCUCCAGUAACCGUUGUGGGCGGUUGUUGCUUGAACCCCUCCUCCGCCCAUUGGUUAAGGCGCCACGAAAAAUCCGUCAGGGAAUUUUCUAUUUUUUCCAUUUUUCUGUAGUUUGUCAGAAAAAGCUAUCCAAAAAAUCUCCGAUUGCCUAAGUGAUUUGUUUCACGGCGGCAAUGACAACAGCUGUGGCAACAGUGACACACGACAAUCAUUUGGUAUAACAUAAGAAAACUAUUAGUGGCGAUGUAAAAGUAGCAUUUUUUUAGAAUUGAACAUCAUACAUUCAUGCAUAGUACUCCCACAAAUUACUUUUGUUUACAAUGAAUAUUUUAGAGAGAGAUAUUUUAAGUAAAAACCCUAAAUUAUAGAGAGAAAUAUAGAUAAAAAUUUAGGGUUUUUAGAAUAUAGAAUAUAAGUAAAAAUAUUUCUCUCUAAAAAACCCUAAAUUAUAUCUGCACGGAAUUCCUGAAAAUUCAGCUAAAAAUUCAGUUUUCAGAGAGAAAUAUUUUAUCCACAAAAAAAUUCAGCUAAAAAUUCAAUUCGGAAGCCUGUUAAGUAAUUUUUGGAAGUUAACUGCGUUUUAUAUGUAUAUUUUGGACGCAAUUAUCUUCCAAAAAUCAUUUGACGGCCUUUUCGAUUGAAUUUUUAGCUGAAAUUUUUUGUGGAUAAACUAGACUUGAUGAAGAACAUGUCAUAAACAUUUCAUCAAAAAAUUUCACUGGGAAGAGCCCUAAAUGCUGCUGUCCGGAUGGCGCAUCCGGUCAUGAAGGUCUGAUGGGAAGAUUACUCUCUCUCUCUACAUAUAUAUAUUAUAUAUAUAGAGUAAGGAUCAAAUUAGAGUACUUCUCAACGUGAGAAAUGAGAAUGAUUCCGGAGCUUUGGAUUUUGGCAUUGUGCAUCAAGUAAAACAGAAAUGUGCAUAUAAAAAAUUGGAAAAUGUGCAUUUCAAGUGUGCAAAAGUUUACACGUAAACGUGCACAUUAGAAUUUUGCAUUACUUUAACUAUAAAUGUGCAUUUUCGUAAAUGAUAAAGUGCAUCAUUUUUGAGCAUUUUCAUUUCUCACGUUAAGAAGUGUUCUCACCGGAACCGCACCCUAUAAUAUAUUUAGGAUCAAAUGAGAACAAUGCUUAACGUGAGAACGUGAGAACACCAAAUGUGAUGCACAAUGAGGCUCGCCCAAUGCACUUUUUCGUGUUCAGCUUAAUAUUUACCAAAAUGCCACCGUGAUGAUUUAUAUUGGCUUGUUUUAAGAAAAGUCAAAAUGUGCACCAGACGGGCUCUAUUGUGUAUCACAUUAGGUUAAACGUGAUUGUUCUCACAUUCUCACGUUAAGCAUCGUUCUCAUUGGAACCGCACCCCUAUAUAUAUAGGGGUGAGAUCACAUACAAACCUUGCUAAACUUGCUAAUUUGACGUGCACUCGUCGUUAGGUGCACUCAAAAUAAUUAAUCAAUACGACACUAAUACGUAGUAUAGUGUAGUAAGGUUCGUAUCCACAGGGAAAGGAAUACUUUUCUUUUAUAAAAGUAGUAACAAAGGGGGGUUUAGAUUUGUUUGUUUUAACAACACUAAGAUAAACAACCUAUAUGAGUUAAAUUCAAUGAGAUGAAGACUUGGUUUUGCUUUUAUCCACUUAAUGAAAUGUUCGUCGAUCCCGGUUAUAUCUUUAACUAUCUUCCUCUCGAAUACUCAAUCGAGGAGUAUAUCCAGUUCAUCGAGGAUAGUUAUUAAUAACGAGAUGCGUUCAUUAAUAAAACUUACUAUCGAGUCAAUAUAGAACAAGCGCCGUAUAUUAACUUGAUAGUAGCAAUAAACUUAAGAUGAAAACGAUUGAGAUUGAUAACCUCAACACAAGUGGUUUAUUGGUUUAAUCAAUAUAAUUAAUUCCCCUUGGCAUAUUAACCAUGAGAUGCAUGCAUUGAUAUUCCAAUUUUACUACCGUUGAAAGAACCGGAUUAAUAACAAGCGUAUUAACCGAUUGAUUCUAGUAAUAAUUAAUAUGAGAAACAAUACUAGUUGAUACUUUAAGUAAUGUUUAAGAUAUUAACAUGAAAUAUGAAUAGGAAUUAAUUAAUACUCAAGGAAGAAUAUUAAAAUAUAUGAAUCCUACUAUGAUUAAUAUCAAGAUGUUAACUAAUUGUCAUCUUAGUAACACUCCCCAAUAUUAUCAUAGAGGAAGAAAUAGCUAUUACUAUAACCAAUGUCAAGAUGUUAACUAAUUGUCAUCUUAGUAACACUCCCCAACUUUGAUAUAGAGAUAGUAUUUUAAAAGAAAGAAUUAAUAUUCAAGGAAGAAGAUUAAAGAAAAUAACUCACAACUUACAAAUUCAUUAAGCUUCAAAGUAGCAAAACCAAGAUGGAAGAGUUUAGCUCCUCAUUUGGAGACUAAACAUGAUGAAAAAUAUAAAGAAAGAACUAUUCUAUACUGAGCUUAGAUGUACAAAGGGAUUGGAUAUCUUUUUGUGAAGGAAAGGAGGUGUAUUUAUAGGUUUUUGGGAUGGGGUUCGGGUACUCGAUCAGGUAUAUACAUGGUACCCGAUCGAGUACGUGUGUAACACUCGAUCCGAGGCAUACUCGACCGGUUUCAGGCUAUUUUCUAAGGGUAUACCCGAUCGAGUAUAUAUGAAUACCCGGUCGAGUAUGCUUAGAAAAUGGUAUUCGGACCAUACUCGACCGAUCUUCGUUUGAAAUUCAAAGGCAUACCCGAUCGGGUAUGUCGGUCUACCCGAUCGGGUAUAGACAUAAAAUCGUGGCCGAAAUCUUCCCUGCAUGUUCACUUGUCUUCGGAUCUGAUCCGAUUUGAAGUUCCAACCUAAUACCCGAUCGAGUAUAGCUAAUACUCGACCGAGUAUAGACCAAAAUUCAGGAUCUUCUUUUGUCUUUGAACUUUUGCACCUUCUCUUCACUUUUUGGGUUCACCAACUGUACUUUGAGUGACCAAAACCUGCUUAAGCUCAGAAUAUAUCUAAUCUAACCUAUUUACAAGAAUUUAACAAUCUAAUCUAUUACACCAAAAGUGUGUAAUUUCCAAAGUAAAAGUCAAUCAAAACUAAUUAAAAACAUAAACAUAGAUAUGGAAAUUACGAACGUAUCACUAACCUACAAACUCAAUAAUAUGUAGCACUUUGAACAUCAAUAUGCAGUACAAAUAAUGUAAAGAUGCACUGUUUGAAUUUCAAUACGCAAUACAAAUAAUGUAAAUAUGAAACUGCUAUUUUAUGCCUUGAAUAUUAUGAAACACUUUGAACUUCAAUGUGCAAUACAAAUAAUGUAAAUAUGAUUUGAAUGAGAGGACUAGUCUGUAUGUGAUCUCACCCCUACAUCUUUACAUUAUUUUUACUGCAUAUUGAAGUUCAAAGUGAUGCAUAUUAUUGAGUUUGUAGGUUAGUAUUUUAAGCAUGGUUUGUAUUUGAUCUCUUAUAUACUCCCUCCGGUUCCAAAAGAUCUUGACACUUUGACUUCACAGUUUUUAAGGAAAUAAACACUGUUUGACACUGUUUGACACUGUUUGACACCGUUUGGCACUGUUUUGUGUAGAUUUAUUUGCCAAAUAAGACAAAUAAGGAAGUGUAAAGAUCUUUCUGGUACUGUUAGAAAUGGAAAGUGUAAAGAUCUUUCAGAACCGGAGGGAGUAUAUAUAUUCCCAGAGUGAACCACACGUGGUGGCGGGAGUGCCGGAGAACACUACCCAAUUUUAUAAGAAAAGUUGAGGUUGCAACCAAAUAUGAAAUAGAAAAAAACAAGGAUUUAACAUUUGAAGUUCUUUGAAGGUAUCCCGGUUGUAGCUGAAAUGUAUUUGUUAAAUCUGUUAUGUAGCUGAAUAGCCUUCCGGAGAUAGGGUUGACAGACUAUAGCUUCCGGGUGAGAAGACUUGUAUCUCUAGAGAGUCGUAGCAAGUUUGUACGGAGAGUCCAACCUCACAUCAACUGAGUAAAUGUAAUAAUCAUCUUCAUGUUGAGGAUAUCUGGAUUGACUUCUUGUGACUUCCCGUUUGCGGGCUUGGCGCACUUGCUUCUAUUUCUUCUUGUUGUCACCGUAGUGAAGCCAUCGGGCUCCUCUUAUGGUGGGCAUUCUAGUGGACCUGAAAGAGCAAGGUUAGUAAUAAUAGGGGUAUCCUCGUAUAGAUUAUCAUCACUGGACAGGGGAGGAUCAAGUGUAGUACACGCAUUCUCAGUUUGAAAAGAUGGAUCAAAACUAGGUCCUUCAUUUCCAUCUUUCCCUUCAAAGGCAUUUCUCCGGGGCCAGGAUCUGCAGCCUUAUCACUGGCAUAUAUCGAGGCAUCAUUAUUCAAAGACUCAACAGGGGUAGUAAACAGUUCGUUUGUGUCAGUUAAACUGGUAACAGAAUCACCAUUUGACGUGUCAACAGAAACAAAAUUGAUAUGAGCAACAACAGGAACAGGCGCUAUAUCAAACGGGUCAUCAAAAUCAGGAAUGGAGUGCACAUUAUUAGAUUAUUAUAAAUGCACUUCUAAACCAAACAUGUGUAAAUAUUUAAAAAGAAAUUAGCCAUAAUAGGACUUAAACAUGCUAAAAAACUCAUAUUAGGACUUACCAAGUUUUCUCUCGUUGAUAGGACUUAUACGGUCCUAUCUUACGUUUUACUACUUUAGGAAAUAUCCUAAAUACCCCUGUUCGAAGUUCGCUUGAGAUUGUUUACACGCACGUAAAAUUUACCGGCCUUUUUCGGUUAUCCAGUUUCAAGCGGUUAAGGAGUUUCCGUUUACUUGUUGGUUGAGUAGUUUCCUUAUCCGAGUAGUUUCCUUGUUCGUCAAUUCUGCAUCUUUUUCCUGCAUUCGUCAAUUCUGAGUACGAGGUCCUGCCUGUGUUUCGUUCUUUGCAGGGUAUGUUUACUUCAAAUUUAAAGCUUUCAUAAUACUGGCCGUGAUUCUGUUUUCGUUCGUCAAUUCUUCUUCAAUCGUUGUUACAUUGAAGAAUAAAUUUGUUAUAUUAGAUAUACGAUCGCUUUUUCCUGCAUUCUUUUUCCUGCAUUCGUCAAUCCUUCUGUUUUUUCCUUCCAGCUCUGUUUUUUUCUUCAAUUUCAUAUUAUCGAUCCUUUCAUCAUAUGAUCGCUUUCAAAUUCGUUAUAAUCAACAAUUUAUUUCGUAUGUCGUUGUACUCUGUUUUAUUUCAUUAAAUUUCAUCCGCUAGUUUAGAUAUCAGUUUGUAUCUACAAUUUAUUUUGUUUUUGUUAAAUUCUCUAUUCGUCUACCUAAAUUAUGCCCUUCGAACUGUCAUUUAGUUUGUUCGAACUGUCAUGUAUAUGCAUUUUUUGAUUACUCCUUUUUAUGUUCUGUAAUUGUAUAUAAUUGGUACACAUUCUUAUAAACUGUCAUAUUGUUAACACAACUGUCAUAAUUUUGUCCAAACUGUCAUUUAGUUUGUGCUACGUUCCUACCUGUAUAUGCAUUUUUUGAUUUCGCCUUUUUAUGUUCUGUCAUUCAAUGGUACACAUCCUUAUAAACUGUCAUAUUGUUAACAAAACUGUCAUUAUUUUGUCCGAACUGUCUUUUUUCAUACUGAAAUAUUUCUUUUGCUGCAUUUUUUUAGGAACCUUUUUACCACAAUGGAUCCUAUUUUACUUGUUAUGGUCAAGGUUGACGGUUUUUGGGAUUCUAACAAUGUGUUCAACAAUGUCCACACAUGUGACCUUCAUGUUAACUAUAAUGUUCAAUAUGCUUCUUUUAUUAACUCUUUGAGUGACAUCCUUUCUCAGUACAAAGCUAAUCAUAAUUUCAGGCUUUCUUAUAUGCGAGAUGGAUUUCCUCCUCCUGUUACUAUAAAUGAUCAAUCUACCUUAACAUUUUAUCUUUAUAUCAAGUCUCUUCAACCAGAUUUUUCAUUGUAUCCACUUUGUGUUGAGUUCUAUCCUGUUUCAUCUUCUCCUGCAUUUUCUAUUGAUGUUGGACCAUCUGCUUCUCCUUGGUCUGAAAAUGUUGUCAUUUCUUCACAACAACAUACCAUGCUUCACAACAACAUACCACUUAUGAGAAUGUUGUUGUUUCUUCUGCCCAACAACAUUCCUCCUCACCUACACUUUCUUUUGAUGAUGGCCCACCAUUUGGUCAAUAUGAAAAUGUUAUGCUAUCUGGGGUAAGUUGUGGCCAAUCCGAAGAUAUUGUUUCUUGUGGUAACACUGUGUCUGCAACUGUAGAAAAUGAAUCAUCUGAAGACAGUGAUGACAUGUCAGAUGGCCUUUUAACUAAAUCAUCUGACUCAUUCUCAUUUCUCCAAAAUUUUGAAAUCAUCACACAGUCCCAUCCUACUUGUCUUCUUCUCCAUGCUAUUUACAAAAAUUAAAAAGAACUUAUCCACCAUCUGAAGAUGUAUGCUAUCACAAACCACUUCCAAUACAGAACUAAGACAUCGAAGAAAAUAUGUUUGCAUGUUAUUUGCUUUGAUCCAAAAUGUUGUUGGAGUGUUCGAGCUGUAAAACUACAUGGCGUAACAAUGUUUCAAAUCAGAAGAUUCCGGCCAGUUCACACAUGCUCUAUUGAUUACAGACAAGGCAAACAUAGACAGACAUCUGCUAGUGUGAUAGCAAAUAUUAUUGCACACAAAUACCUUGAUGCUUCCAAUAAACCAUACCCCCCAAAAUAAAUUCGUGAGGACAUGAGUAUGCAGUAUGAAAUUUCCAUGUCAUACAACAAAGCUUGGAAAGCACAGAAGAAAGCAAUGCAGCUGCAAUUUGGUUCUGAUCUUGAAUCCUAUCAGCUUUUGCCUUCAAUGGCUUAUGUGCUUGAGAAAACAAAUCCUGGCUCUAUGUUUAAUCUAGUCACAGGGAAGGAUGAUGCAUUUUCUACCUUUUUUAUGUCAUUCAAACCAUGGAUAGAAGCUUGGCCCUACUGCAGACCUGUUCUUAUAUUGGAUGGUUCUUUCAUGAAGGCUUACUAUAAAGGCACUCUCCUUACAGCUUGUUGCCAAGAUGCCAAUGAUCACAUAGUUCCUAUUGCAUUUGGUAUUUGUGGUUCUGAAACUAAAGCUUCUUGGAAAUGGUUCUUAUCCAAAGUUUGUCAAUCAAUAAAGUACAGACAUGACCUGUACGUGGUAUCUGAUAGGCAUAAAGGGCUUAUCAAGGCCGUUUUUGAACUCUUGCCACAUGCUAGCCACGGUUUUUGUGUUGCUCAUCUUGGUCGUAACAUAACAUCAAAAUUCAGAGGAUCUGCAGCUGGUUUGGGAUGGAAGUUCAAAGCUGCCUAUAUGGCAGCAACUAUGAAAGAAUAUGAUGACUACUUAUCCAUGUUGGAUUCUGAAGACCCCAAGAUAAGGACUUGGCUAGACAAAUUAGGUGCUAACACAUGGUCAAAAGUAAUGUCUGGCCCAAAGAGAUAUAAUAUUAUGACAUCAAAUUGUGCUGAGUCUAUGAACAAAGUCAAUGUCUGUGCUAGAGAGUAUUCUGUGUCUAAACUUGUUGAUUUCUUGCGUGAAAGGAUGCAGCAAUGGUUCACAGAGAGGAAAGAUAAAGCUGAGAAAACAAGUACUAUACUCACAAAGAAAUGUGAGAAACGCCUGGUAGCUUUGCAAGCUGAAUCCACACGUAUGAAGGUUAAACCAUCAUGUGCAUAUGAAUUUGAAGUUGUUGACAGUAGAUGCAAGUCCUUUGUGGUAAACAUCAACUCUAGAAGUUGUACAUGCGGCCACUUUCAAUUAGAUCAAUUUGUGUGUGUUCAUGCUGUGGCUGCAAUCGGUAUACGCCCACACCUUUCAUGUUAUACGUACAUAUCUCCAUAUUACACAAGAGAUGCUUGGCUUGCUACAUGGUCUGGUAUCAUGCAUCCUAUUGCUGAUCCUGACAGUUGGUCAAUUCCUGCUACUAUUCAAAACCAGAGAUGCAAGCCACCAAGUUGUUUGAAGCGUCAUCCUGGUCGCCCUAAGAAAUGCAGGAUUCCUUCCAUUGGAGAAUAUAGAGGUUCAAAACGUCAAAAAUGUUCUAGAUGCCAUGUGCUUGGGCAUAAUAAGAAAACUUGUAGAAAUCCAAUUCCAAUUAAUACCCAGUGAUGUAGAUUU